AGUUGGAGCAAUGUUACCUGUUGUACAGCAGGGUUUGUUCAUGAAUUAAUGAAAAGUCUAAUACUUGUAAACAAAUAAAUAUUAUUCCAUUAAAUAGAGAUAUUACAAGGCUCAGGUAAAUAGUCCAAUCUUCGUGCUCUGCCUUCAGUUUACAUGGCCUAUCCUGGUCACCCACAUACUUUUACUGAGCACCAGGUUUUUUGUUUGAUAAACACAGGUUGUUUUGAUAUCAAACACCAUCAUGAAACUCACCGUCCAGUCGAAUGGAAAACCAUAGACGUAGGUCUGUGUCUGCCCUCGCCCACACAGACCUGUAUAGUCAAAUUCUCGACCAACAACAACUUGGUUUUGGCAGAUGAAGCACUUUUACCACCUGGUAAACAACCUGUGUAAAAUAAAUGUUCUGGGGAACUGUGUACAAAUGUAGUAAUGGAGGUAUCAGUUAUUAUCAAGAAAUACCGUAGUAUCUGAACACCGUAAACAGACCUGGCUGUUGGAGUGACCGACAACUCCAUCAGCCAUCAUGGCCUUUGUGUGAAAUGCUAUGAUGUGUUGCUUUGUAAACAGAUUUGCACCAUGUUUUCAGUUCUGGUUUUUUCACGUCACAUGAUGGAACGAUAAAGGUUUUCCCAUGGAAACAGAUCCAAUUUCUGCUUACACUAGAAACAACGUCAAGCCUUUAAGUGUCAACAGAAAACAGCUUUGUCUCUAGAUGGUGGUUUGGAUUCAUUCUGGACAUUACACUCCAACUGCUAGGCCUGAACUACAUUAUUUGUAACUUUUUCUUGAUUAAACUUUAACAAGUUCUGGGAAUCUUUCUUUUUAAACCUCAUCAUGGCUGAAGGCAGUUUUCCUUUACCACCUGAUGACUUCUGUCCUCUGUGUGUAAACCCAAUAAUCGAUCCUGUCACCAUCCCCUGCGGUGACACUUAUUGCCUCGAGUGCAUCAAGAUCUACUGGGACCAGUUUGACCAUAUGGGUGUGUAUAACUGCCCUCAGUGUCGUGCCACUUUCACGCCGCGACCCGUCCUGAGGCGAAACCUGCCCGAUGUAAAUCAGGAGCCACGGCGGCAUCUCCCGGAGCUCACUCCCUUCCCCUACAUGCACCGCGAGUCCUUUUGUGACUUCUGCGUUGGCCGUCGCAGCAAGGCCGUCAAGUCCUGCCUCAUGUGCUUGGCGUACUACUGCGAGACGCACGUCAAGCCUCACUACGAGUCCGCCACCUUCAAGAGGCACAAGCUGGUCGACGAGACGGGCCAUCUGGACAGGAAGAUCUGUCCUCAGCAUGAGAAAGGCCUGGAGUUGUUCUGCCGCUCUGACCAGAUGUGCAUCUGUGUGCUGUGUACGGUCAGAGAGCACCGCAGCCACAACAUCACCUCGGCAGAGGAGGAGCGCGUCGAGAAACAAAAAAUGCUGGUGAUUACUCAGUCUGAGGUUCAGCAUAUAAUUCAGGAGAGAAUGAAGGAGCUGCAGGAGCUCAAACAUAACGUGGAUGUUCUCAAAAGCUGUGCCCAGCGAGCACAGGCAGAGAGUGACAAGACCUUCCAUGAAAUGCUUCAGGCAGUUGAACGCUGGAAGGCAGAAAUAAAUCAGAUGAUAAUGGCCAACAUGCAGUCGGCGAUGUCACAGGCUGAGGGCUACUUGGACCGACUGGAGCAGGAGAUACUGGAGCUGCAACGCAGAGACGCAGAGCUGCGGCAGAUCCUUGAAACUGAGGACAACAUACACUUCCUGCAGAAUUUCCCAACAUUGUGCGUUCCUCCUGAGGCUAUGGUUCCCAAAGUACUCAUCAACCCUCAGUUUUCCUUUGGAGAGAUGAGCAAGACGGCAAUAGAGAUGAAGGAACAUGUGGAUGACAUAUGUAAGAAGGAGCUGAGCAAGAUCUCCAAGACAGUCAGUGAAACCCCAGUGUACAUACUGCUGCCAAGAAAUGGAAACAAACGCCUGAAAGUUCCAGCCAGAGUAGAUUUUCAGGAACCUAAAACAAGAACAGAAUUCUUAAGAUAUUCCUGUAAGAUGUCUUUUGACCCGAACACGGUUUAUAAAGAGCUGGUUCUGUCUGACGGUAAUCAACGGGUCACAAGGAAGAAAACAGUCCAGUUUUACCCAGAUCACCCGGACCGCUUUGACGGCUUCUCCCAGGUUCUGUGUAAGGAGCCCCUGACUGGGUUUAGGUUCUACUGGGAGGCAGAGUGGGGCGGGGAGUGUUCUGUUGGAGUGGCGUAUAAGAGCAUCAGUCGCAAAGGGAAGAACUCACACAGUCUGCUGGGCUACAAUGAUAAGUCCUGGAGUCUAUUGUGCUCAGACUCAGGAUACUCUGCCUGGCACAACAAGGCAGACAAAGACCUUCCUCAUACUCCCCGCGCGUCACGAAUCGGUGUCUUCCUAGACUAUUCAGGCAACACUCUGGCUUUUUACUCAGUCUCAGAGACCAUGGAGCUGAUUCACCGUUUCAAGGCACAGUUCAGUGAACCUUUGUACGCAGGCUUUGGUGUCGGUUCCUCGGUUACCCUCUGUCAAAUAAAACAGAACCUUACUGCAUACUCAAAUGUCACACAGUAGCUGAGAGGGAUGUGUAGGUUUUGUUUAUAGAAAAGUGUAAUUAUAUCUGUAAUAUAAUGUAUAAAUAAUUAUAUGUACGCAUAUAUAACCUUGCUGUAAUUACGUCAAUAUAAUUUGACAAUGUCAUUUUUUCCAAAUAUUCUGACCUUUUUUAGUUAAUUCAUUAUAUUAAUUUUUGUUUUUUUAAAUGUGUAAUGUGCUUUUUUCGUAUAAAAAAAAAACAUGAUGUCAUGUAUGUAUAAUAGUAUGUCAUACUAUUAUGUGCAGUUAUAAUGAUGUGCACUGCCAUCGAGGUCAUUGAGAGAGAGAGAGAGAGAGGCAACAUAAAACAUACAACUCAGAUUCUAUUUUUUGGACAAAAAUAAAGAAUAAGUUUAAAAUAAUAAAUAAUAAUACAAAAUUAUUAAUAUAUUUUGUUGUUGUUGUUGUUGAAUUUAUAUUUCCUUCCCAGCAAUAAUCCCAGGGUUGGUACAGCACAGAGCACAUACCACGUGCCAGGUCAUUUACACAGACAAACAAACAGCA